AUGACCUUGUUCAAUGAGAAGCGAAGUCGAAGAAAUCCUCGUGGAGCACUGUGCCGCAGCAAUUUUGGCAAAUCGAACCCCGUGUGCAGCGCUCUGAGCGCCGUUGGUCUGCACGAACGCCUCGCGUAUCCAGGUAUCGAGACUUUCAGCUUGUCUCUGAACAGGUACUUCUCGCAAAGCGCUCGACUUGAGCCCCAAUGUUUCCUGCGACCUCAUAACACCGCGGAAGUUGCACUUGCAGUCAAGACUCUCGUCAAAGCAAAUCAAACGGCACCAUGCAAGUUCGCAGUCCGCAGUGGCGGUCACACACAUUUUGCGGGCGCGGCUGGCAUCUCAGGUGGCGUCACUGUCGAUCUCAGCCUGAUGAAUGGUGUAUUGUAUCACCCGGAGAACGAAACCGUUUCUGCUGGUUCGGGAGCGACGUGGCUGGACGUUUACUCAUAUGUCGACAAGAUAGGAAAGAUGGUUGUCGGGGGCAGAUCUGCGUCCGUGGGUCUGGGAGGUUUGAUUCUCGGCGGCGGCAAUUCCUAUCAUGCUGCACGGAAGGGCAUGGUGUGCGACAAUGUCGCGAAUUUCGAAGUGGUCCUGGCAGAUGGAAGCAUCGUCAAUGCCAACAAGAACGAGAAUCAGGAUCUUUUCCAGGUCCUGAAGGGCGGCUCGAAUAACUUCGGCAUCGUAACGCGAUUUGAUCUGGAGGCCUUCGAAGGUGGAAAUAUCUUCGGCGGCUUGGUCCUUUAUCCAGAGCAAACGGCCGAGCAGCAAUUCCACGCGAUCCUGAAUUUUGGCGACAAAAUCGAACAAGAUCCAUACGGAUCUGCCCUUGUGAUAGGUGUCUAUCUGCCAGCUGUUGCUCCAGUGCCAAUGUUCAUGAAUGCUUAUGAAUACACCUCGCCGGUGGAGCGACCGGCAGUCUUCGAGGAGUUCUUCUCGAUCUCUGGAAAUCUCUCCGAUACAACAGGCAUCCGCAACAUGACCUCUCUAGCGCUUGAGCUGGAAGAGCCAAAGACGCAUCGUAUCUCUUUCAGCACUCUGACCUUCAAGAGUGAUAUUAGAGUACUACACAAAGCACACGCCGCUUUCAAGACGGUGAUAGAAAGACUCAGUGCUCAGGCGACCGGUGACUGGGCGAUCUUGACUCUGUACCAGCCGCUUCCUGUACUUUUUGCACAACACAGCGGCAAGAAAGGUGGAAAUGUGCUCGGCUUGGAUCGAUUCAACGAGAAUCUCAUUCUCUACGAGCCAUAUCUCAAAUGGUCAUCGUCUGAAGAUGACGUCCUUUUCGAGUCUCAGGCCCAGUGGCUACGAGAGGAGAUUGAAAGCUACGCCAAAGAACUUGGCGCGGAUAAUGAAUUCGUGUACCUCGACUAUGCUGAUAAGAACCAAAAGCCGCUCGAAAGUUAUGGUCGUGAGAAUGUGGCGAAGAUGCGAAAGGCGGCGGCAAAGUACGAUCCGGAAGGCGUAUUCCAAUAUAUGUUGCCGGGUGGGUUCAAAGUGUCCGAGAUAAGGCCAGAGUUUGGAAAACUGCCUGAAGGCCAUACGGAGCUGUGA